UGCUUUUCAACAGCGAAGAAGAACUCAUUUGCGCUGAUUGGAUGUAAGCAGAUCACGUGACUAAGACAGUGUUACCCGGAAGAAUGACAAAUGUUUAUUGUUGGAAGUGAUUUAGAUUCCUAAGAGCAACAUGGCAUCCUACUUCGACGAACAUGACUGUGAGCCCACUAACCCCGAGGAACAGUACCGCCAGAACGCACUUCUUGAACUUGCCAGGUCUCUAAUGCAGGGUUUAGACUUGAUGGACUCAGGCGAUUCGUCCGACUGGAACCAGCGUCUUCCUCCCCCUGCUGCUAAAGUAGCUGUGCAGACCCUCAAUGUAGUUGUUAUUUCUCCUGAGCAAGCAGACAAAGCCCUGAAGUGUCCCGUUUGUUUACUAGAGUUUGAAGAGCAGGAAACAGUUCGAGAAAUGCCUUGCAAGCAUCUUUUCCACUCUGGCUGUAUACUGCCAUGGCUAGGCAAGACUAACUCCUGCCCGUUGUGUCGACUUGAACUGCCUACUGAUAAUCCAGAUUAUGAAGAGUUCAAGAAAGACAAGGAGAGAAGAAAACAGAGGGAGCACAGACUGGAGGACCUCCACGGAGCAAUGUACACAUGACCGUGACCUCUUAACAUGACAAGAAGCUCUUAUCAGUCGGCGAAAGUACACAAGCACACACAUUGUAGCCUUCAGUAUGCAGUAGUGACUCAAGUGUUGUUUGUACAACCAAACUUUCACGUUACAGAAAUUAUGAUAUCCUCAUGAUUUGUUUUGAAGUCAUAUUCCCAUUCAUUCCUUUGUUUUAUAAGAUUUUUUAAAAAAUGCAAACCACAAUCAUUUUACAUUACUAAAAAUAUCAAAUGUUUAAAUAUUUAUGAAUAGUAAGCCUUAUAUUUCAAGAAUUGUAAUGGAAAACGCAUUACAAUUACUUUGCUCUUUACGGCUCUUGCGAUUUAUUUUGUCUGAUUAUAAAACUCCAUUUUAAAACCUCAUGAGGGUUUAUUGCAGGGUUGAUUGAUGUACUGUAUUAUCUAGAAUAUUGAAAUCCGCAACAUUUGCAUGCAAGUGUUUUGAAGUAAAACUAAAAACUUGACAGUUUACCUUUAAAUAAAUGCAUUUGUUGUA